GUGUCUGUGUGUGUGUGUAUGUAUGUAUGUCUGUCUGUGUGUGUGUGUGUAUCCUUGUAGAGGUCCAGGACUACGGUCUGAGGGUGUCCUACAUGAAGGACCUGGUCCGCUCUCUACCUCUGCCCAACCACGACACCAUGGAGCUGCUGUUCAAGCACCUGCGCAGGGUGAUAGAGCAUAAGGACUCUAACAGGAUGUCUGUCCAGAGCGUCUCCAUUGUCUUCGGCCCGACGUUGCUCCGCCCCCAGACCGAGUCGGCCAACAUGACGGUCCACAUGGUGUACCAGAGCCAGAUAGUGGAGCUCAUGCUCAACGAGUACCACGCCGUCUUCUCCCAGGGGUAGAGGACAUCUUCUUUCAGGGGACCUGGACGUGUUCUUCCAGGGGACAUGGACUUCUUCUCCCAGGGGAAGAGGACGUCUUCUCCCAGGGGUAGAGGACAUCUUCUUCCAGGGGACCUGUACGUCUUCUCCCAGGGGACUUGGACGUCUUCUCCAAGGGGACCAGGACAUCUUCUCCCUGGGGACCAGGACAUCUUCUUCCAGGGGACCUGGACGUCUUCUCCCAGGGGAUCAGAACAUCUUCUCCCAGGGGACCAGAACAUCUUCUCCCAGGGGACCAGAACAUCUUCUCCCAGGGGACCAGAACAUCUUCUCCCAGGGGACCAGAACAUCUUCUCCCAGGGGACCUGGACGUCUUCUCUCACGUCUCCUCACUUUGAGAAAGAACUGCCCCAACAAGUCUAUCUGCAACCUCCAGACCCAAAACCACCUCUGGACCCGAUGCUUGGGCUGUUCUAACAUAACGCUCCCAUUUCAAUACCCGGGGACGUCUCUAGACCCGGGGACGUCUCCAGACCCGGGGACGUCUCCAGACCACCAGCAUCACAUCACAUUUUAACCCUGGUGUUAUCUCCUGGUUCAAAAACUUAAAAAAAUUGACUUUUACGUCCCUUUUUCAGACUUUCUUUAGUUUCCACGACCACCACCUUACUAGUUUUAUACUUUAUGGAACUCAUGGUCAAUAACCCUCAUUUAUAUAAAAUUAUACCUAAUAUUAGAGUUAAAAAGCAGAAAUUAUGAAUUAUUUUGACUAAUAGUCAAUCUAUUUUAAUGGUAAUUUGGUUAAAAAGAAACUCAUCUGAAUAGGGAGCGAUGGACCCCCC